GCCGAUAUCAUACUGAUCACAGAGGUUAUAUCAGUCAUCUCACAGACAAACACGUUUAUAUGACAUGCGGCUUAAACGUCUCGCCGUGACGCUGUUUGAGUAGAGCUUCGGGGUCCCGUCAGUGUUUUAUAGUCAGGCAGCUGUAGAGGCAGCCACGGGGUCCCCACAUCCUUUUAACAGAGAGCGGUUUGUUUUUAACAGCAGCAAGCAAAAAGCGCUGAGUUUAACUCAAGUCUGGUGUUUUAAUUACUUUAAGUUAAUAUUAAACAGCCUUAAAAACAGGAAAAGGAAAACGGCUAAUUUUCAUUCUCAUCUGCGUGACAGAAGCGAAAAACCUUCAGGUGACGCAUCCACCUGGGAUCUAGAUUCUUCUUCUGUGGUGGAAUCAUGGAACUGGCCUAUGUGUGUGAGUGGGAGAAGCGUCCGAAGAGCACGCACUGCCCUUCCAUCCCGCUGGUCUGCUCCUGGUCCUGCAGGAACCUCGUGGCCUUCACCACAGACCUGAAGAGCGAGGACGACGACAAGAAUGUGAGUCACAUGAUCCAUAUCAUCGACACUGAGCACCCCUGGGAUGUUUUCUCCAUCAACUCUGGACACGUUCUGCUGUGUGCGUCCAAUCAGAACGGCAGCAUCGUGGAGUGCUGGUCUCUGAGGAAGGAGGGACUUCCUGUUAAUAAUAUCUUCCAGCACUGUUCGCCAGUGGUGGGAGAGAAGCAGCCGACCAUCCUAAAAUGGCGGAUCCUGACGACCACCGGCGACCUGGAGCGUGUGUCGGCUGUCGCUCUGCCCAAGCUGCCCAUCUCCAUCUCCAACACUGAACUGAAGUUCUGUCCCGGACUCGGUCUGGCUCUGGCGUUUCAUGAUGGCAGCAUCCAGAUCCUGCACCGCCUUUCCCUCCACACCAUGGGCGUGUUCUACGGCGCCUCCUCGGCACAGCGCCCUGGAGAUGAGUCGGCCAUCAAGCGCCAGAGAACUGCCGGCCCCACCGUCCACUUCAAGGCCCUGCAGUUCUCCUGGACCUCAUUGGCUCUGGCUGGAGUUGACAACCACGGCAAGCUCCACAUGCUGCGUGUGUCGCCCUCUAUGGGCCAGGUGCUGGAGAUGAACACGACGCUGCGUCACCUGCUGUUCCUGCUGGAGUACUGCAUGGUGACGGGUUACGACUGGUGGGACGUGCUGCUGCAUGUGCAGCCCAGCAUGGUGCACAACCUGGUGGAGAAGCUGCAUGAAGAGUACAUGAGGCAGAACCAGGCGCUGCAGCAGGUUCUGGCGACACGCAUUGUGGCAGUGAAGGCUUCUCUCUGUAAACUCUCCACGGCGACAGCGGCUCGAGCGUGUGACUUCCAUGCCAAGCUGCUGCUUAUCGCUAUCAGCUCCACCCUCAAGUCUCUGCUGAGGCCUCAUGUCCUCAACACACCGGACAAGAGUCCUGGAGACCGACUGACAGAGAUCUGCGCCAAAAACACAGACACAGAUAUCGAUAAGGUGAUGAUCAACCUGAAGACGGAGGAGUUUGUACUGGAUGGUCCUCCUCUGCAGUCUCUGCAGCAGCUCAUCCAGUGGGUGGGAGACUUCGUCCUGUACCUGCUCGCCAACCUGCCCAACCAGGGCUCUAUGGUCCGGCCCGGGUUUGGCUUCAUGCGGGACGGGGCGUCUCUGGGGAUGCUGAGGGAGAUGCUGGUGAUGAUCCGGAUCUGGGGUCUGCUGAAGGCCGGCUGUCUGCCCACCUUCACUGCCACGUCGGACAACCAGGACAGCAUGCUGCUGCUGUUCAGGCUGCUCACCAAGCUGUGGCUCUGCUCACGGGAUGAUGGCGCCCCCCAGGACCCUGAUGACAGUCUGAUCGACGAGUGCUGCCUGCUGCCGAGCCAGCUGCUGGUGCCCAGCAUGGACUGGCUGCCCGUCAAUGACGGUGUGAUGGUGAAGCUCCAGGGCAAGCACCCACUCAGGCUGCAGUUUGGCAAGGCCUCGUCCCUGCCCAGCAACGCCCCGCCCACACCUCUGGAGGUGUUCAACAGGACUCCUGGCUCCCAGAGGAUGGAUAACCUGCGUUGUGUUCACAUGGGCGUGUGUCCCACCGAGGAGAGCAAAGCCUGCACCAGGUGCGGCUGCGUGACAAUGCUCCGUUCGCCCAACAAGACAAACGCCAUGAAGCAAUGGGAGCAGCGCUGGAUUAAGAACUGUCUGUGUGGCGGUCUGUGGAGGAGGAUCCCGCCCACGUUCACCUGAAGUGGUGACACUUCAUCACCUGUUGUUGUGGAGCUUAUUCACAUCCCAAACCUAUUGACCAAUCAGGUUCCUGAAAAUGGUCUUUAAUAUCCAGCUCAGAACCGGCUUCAUGAGACCAGUUUCUGUGUGAGGCACAGGGACUGAAUCCAGUUCCGAUUGAUCGGUGGAGCUGCACUUUGUACAUAAACAGCAUUUUUUUAAUAAAGCCAACCAAACUGAA